GUCAAGCUUAGGAACGAUCAAAGGUAAGGAUCAAGCUAGAAAAAUGAUGAUCGGAAAAUGGUCGGGAUCUGUAAGAGCCGCCGGAAAGUGUGAAGGUCUGUACUACGGCGUGAGGACAAUGGUUGGAAAAGCCUCGAACCGAGCGGGUGUUCAUGGUUCCAGGACUCCUGACGCUAAAUCACUUGACAAUGAGGAAGAGAUUAGGGAGAGGAUUAAUAAAGGGAAAGAAGACAGAGAAGAGAAAAGAAGAGAGACCGAGAAAAAAGUUGAAGGCUCGCAAAGAUCAGAAUCCACGGGCGAUGAUGAUGCAUCCUCCUCUGGCCGGUGAUGAGCCUAAUGCUUCAUGGACAUUUUCUAAAUGUUACUCUCGAGAAUUUACCUAGGUGUAUCUUUAUAUGUUUUCUUGGACUCAUCUUUAGGCUUCAACUAAGAUAUUUCAUUUUACCAAAUAAAGUUCAUGACCACACCUA